AUGGCAUUGAAGGUCGAUGAGUUCUGCAGCUUCCUGGCCACGCGGAACUUGCCAGAUUGGAUGGUGGCGCAGCUGCGGACAAACUUGGAGGAGAAAGCCUCUCCCGACGUCACGUCAGCUCCGCUCACCACCGAGACGUUGGCGGAGAUGGGAAUCGCACACCCAUUGCACCAGCGUCGGAUUCUGCGGGAAGUGCAAUGCUUCAUGAAGUCCGCGGAAGCUGCGGAGUCCUCCAUUCCAACUGCACCAGGAUCGCGGCCAAAGGCCAAGAUCAAGCCGCGACAGAUGGUCUAUGAACGUGACACCAGAUGGCCAUACCUGGACAUUGCAUGUGUGAAGCUACUGAAAGAUGAACCGAAGAUAGCGACACCGUACGGCCACUGGCAGCGAAGAAUGGCACUGGAGGCGAAGACAAACGUCGGGAAGGACAACUGCCUGAGGAUGCGUUCGAAAGAAUCUGUGACCUCCUUCGGCAAGACCAAGUCGGAUCUAUCGGAAGGCUUUGAAGAAGAUGGCACGCCAACUGCCACGAAAGACGUUGCAGACGACGAUGGAAUGGUAUCAGAUCUAUCAGAGGGUCCAAGCAUGGACUGGCAAGAUUGGCUCAGCAGUCGCUUGCACAGUUGGGGGAUGUUAUCCUUGGUGGAUGAGGUCUUGAAGGUUGCCGUCUUGGGAAACUUGACCGAACUCAGGGAGUUGGUCUUGCAGGUGCAGGCGCACGGCACGGGUUUUGCUGAGUCUCUGGAAAAGACACCAGUCCCUUCACAUGUGCCAGUCUUCCCCGAUGCACCUGAAGAAGAUAUACCGCCCUGCACCAUUUGGAAGUGGGUCAUGUGGCGAUUGGACUCCCUAGAACGAGCAGACACGCGACUGCAAAAACUCCUCAACAAGUGCGAAGAUCUGGCUGAUCAAGUCAUGGGAUAUUCGACAGUGACGCGUGAGAUCUCUAUAAAGCCUGCUUCGCAUAAGAAGAAGGGGACCUUCAACAUGAAGAAGCUGAUGAUGGGAGUCUCAGUAGUCUCAGCUGUGUCAGCUGUCUCAGCUAGUUCGGCAGCUUCAGAUGCCCCCCCCCGGAGCUCCAGCUCUGUGAUCUUGGAAUCCACGUCUUCAGCUGUGCGGAUGAAGAAUGAAGCGAAGCCGAGUGCUUUGGAGCGUUUCCGGAAAGUGGCACAGCUCAUCUUGUCCCACAUCAAGGGGAAGCGUCAGGAAGGCCUGGUGGCCAGCACGAAGCUGCUCACCUGUGUGGCCAUGCAAUCCAAGGUAACAAACUUAAGACAUGACUUGGAGAACAUGAUGGAAGACCUGGACAAGUGGCCUCAUCUCAUCAGCGAGAAUCGUCAGAGCUGUGAAUCAAUGGUGACUCGUCUACACCAAGCAUCGCAGUCGCUCUUCAGUCGCUUCGUAGACUUACGGCAGCAUGUGGAGCUGGAAUUGAGGGAGGCGACCAUCGGAGAUCAAGGCACUGUUGAGACAUGCAGGCUGGAGAACAAAAUCGUCGACGUGCAAAGGGAGAUGGCCAGCUCGUUGCUGCUGGGGACACAUGCGCUGCAGAUGGCCGAAAAUGCUGGCGUCGGUUUGCAGGCCAAUGGCAUUCCCGAACCGCCCAACCCCUGGGAAGGGCUGAUAUUGCCGGAACCGCCGUGGGAGGCGAGUUUCCUGGGCGCCUUGCGUAAGCUGGUACUGGAACUGGCCACUGGAACGGUGCUGGAAGUGGGUCAUGACCCACUGCCUGAGCGUUUGGAUGCAGUGGAGCCCUGCGUCAGAGCUUGGUUUGAAGAGCUGCAGCUGCGCUGUCAAGAGGAGAAAGAGCAAUACGCUGAAGCAGGCCAGACUCCUUCACCUCAAAAGUUGAAUUUUUGGGAUGCACACAUUGGACCAGAGAAUGUGGACAGCCAUACUUCCAGGUCCAGGCUUUUUUUGCAGAGUUUCGAUGACUUCCGCAGCAGACAGAACCUGUCCAAGGAGCAGCUACGCUUCGCUGUCCUGGUGCAACAUUUUGCGUCCCAAGAUACGAUGGAUUUUCGCCGGCCGCCCGAAAAGCGUAUGCAUGAUGAUGUCUUUGAAGGUAUCUUGACCAGCUCUGUCAAUGCUCAGCUGGUGACAGAUGCACACCGUGCGGAAUGGGCCAUCGAAGGAGACGGCUUCGUGGUGCCAAAGGCACAGAAUGAUGAGGAGCGAAAGCAAUUGAUCGUUGACUUCGGUGCUAGCCUAGUCACUGCGUUGGAAGAGUUCCUCCUUGCUUUUUGUAAGCGACGUCAGCUGUCCGAGAAGGGCAGCGACUAUUUGAUCCAGGCCGUGACCACACAGAUGUCGCAAUGUGGCUUAGCCAACCUUGACCGAUGCUCACGAGUGGGGCAGUUUAUGGUCGGUGGCGCUGGUUUAAAGCAGCAUGUGAACUACAACAUUUCCUGUACAAAUGCCGGCCCUCUUGGUGAAGCAUUGAAGUUGACGCUGGGAUGUUUGAAAGAAGGAUUCAACUUUUAUCAGUCCACCACUGCGACGCCCAUGGAAGACGGUCCAAAAAGUUGCGACCCCCAGUCCUGCAUGUAUCAAUGUGCCACACUUCGCUUUACCACAAAGCUUGGGCUGGAGAUGCCUGAUGGGGAAGACGAGAUCUCAUGUGUUGUGAUUGAUGCUUACGACGAAGUCCGGAUACAUCCAACCCAUACCAUUUGA